CCACGUAAGGAUGACGUUAUGCGUCACGUGCGAGAAACGUCGCGAGAGGACGUCGCGUCGCGGAACUAGCCGCAGCCGUCGCAAUUGUUGUUCUUUAUUGUGUCCGUAACUGAAGGGGGUAGCUCUGCGCAGCUCAACAGAUCCAAUAGAGAAGACUUUUCGAGUGACAGAGGAGUGACGGGCGACAUGUUUCACUUCAUGAGAGACACUGAACCUCAAGACCCGGCCAUGUACCUCAUGGACCCGUUUGCUCUGCAUCGCCAGCACAUGCGGCACAUGUUCUCUGGGGACUAUGGGAUGUCUCCAUAUCUGAGCUUAACCGACGGAAGUGUCCGGGGGCUCCCACGUCCUGCCCCCUCUCGCUCAAUACAGCAGCAAGGAGCCGUGACCCCUUAUGGCAUGAUGGGAAUGGGGGGCGGAUUUAUGGACAUGUUUGGGAUGAUGAACGAUCUUGUGGGUAAUAUGGAGCAAAUGACAUCUGGAUCAAACUGCCAGACGUUCUCUUCUUCCACGGUUAUCUCAUACUCCAAUAUGGCAGGGGGCAGCACCCCUAAAGUAUAUCAGGAGGUCUCACAGACUCGCAUGGCACCUGGGGGGAUUCGCGAGACACGGCGUGCAGCACGGGACUCGAACAGUGGCAUGGAGCAAAUGAGCAUCGGCCAUCACAUCAGAGACCGAUCCCACAUUGUGCAGCGCUCACACAACCGACGCACAGGAGACCAAGAAGAGAGGCAAGAGUUCAUCAACCUGGAUGAAAAUGAUGCUGCUGGUUUUGAUGAAGAAUGGACCCGGCAGACGUCCCGUUACAGAGGACAGCGAGGAGUUGCUUACAGAAGACAGGGGGGUACAGAAGAUCAGCUCGCUAUACAGGGACCAGAAGAUAACACUGCCAGGCCAUCUCGUCGCUAUGACUGGUGAAACGUUGGAGCUCUGCACAUUUGAAUUCAACAGAUGGAGCAAGAAAAAAAAACUCAGAAUGUUCUGAAUAUUCCCAAAGGAAUAAAUCCCUCCUUCCCCAUGCCACUAUUCCACCACACCUCACUCCUUCCCUUCCAUACCUGCCCCCCUCCCCCCAUUGUCCCCCAAACUACCUCCAAUACUCAUCUUUAACCCCCUCCUAUUUUGCUUUUAAUGCCACCCUUUGUUGGUUGGUCCCCCCUCACUGUCCUGAUGCUUCCCCCCCACUUCUACCUCUUGUUCCCAGUCUUUCCAGUGACUUUCCAUUCCAGCAGACUUGAUAUCAUUUCCCAGCAGUGAUGUUCUCUAAACACUAGGGGAGGUUCAGUAGUGAGGGGGCGUGACCAAGACAUGGCGCUGUUUUUGUUUGUGGGGGGGAGGGGGCAGGAAAUGACACUGAUGCUGUGCAGGAAAGGGAGGAGUCAGUCUGAAACAAUAGCAGAGUCUAAUAGUGUAAGGAAUGACACCUGGAGGGAUCUCAAGUACUGGACAGAUGUUCGACAGCCGGCGGAGAAGGGGUUAAUCACAGGUGGAGAACUGCUCAUUGCAAAUGGGAGAAAUCGGCUGAAGAAAGAAAUAUUCUGUGUGCGGAGCUAAAAGACGAGGACAUAAAUGCUCCGCACAGAGAGAUGCUCUGCAUUAAUGGAUGGAUUAGAGAGAAGCUCUGCACUUGCUGGAAGAACAGCGGCAUUUGAGUGUUUGGAGGGUGGGAGACUGGAGUCCUACAUGUGAUGCAUAGGGAUUGUAGUAUAGUAUAGGGGUUUUUGUUUCAUUUUUUUGUUUUUUUGCAAUGUUUAUUAUUAACUGUUCAGUUAAAUUAAUAAAGGAGAAGGUGUCA